ACCAUCCGACAAACAAAACACGACCAUGAUUCCCCUUUUUCGGCUUCUUUUGUAUUUUCUCCCCGACAGUUCAAGCUGGAGCCCAACAAUCUCCAUGCCCGUCGAUCAUUGGGGAAAAGAAUAGAAAUGGAGAAGAUGGCAUCGAGAAAGCGAGUUGUUUUAGUUCCAUACCCUUUCCAGGGACACAUAACACCCAUGCUUCAGCUGGGCUCAGUCCUCGAUUCCCAUGGCUUCUCCAUCACAGUCCUCCAAACAAACUUCAACUCUCCGGAUCCUUCUGACCACCCUUCCUUCACUUUCUUGCCAUUGGCCGACGGCUUAGAGGGCUACGAUAUCUCCUUCUACAACCUUCUGAAUGCGAUGGCGGAAAUGAACAAGAACUGCGAGGCCCCAUUUGAAGAACACAUGACUCGGAUGCUGGAAGAAGAAGAUCGUGGAGAGGUAGCGUGUAUAAUCUAUGAUUCCAUCAUGAGGUUUGUGGAUAUUGUGGCCCCUAGGCUAAAGGUUCCGACUAUCGUGCUUAGAACAAAUUCUGCUGCUUAUAUGCACUCCCAAAUAAUCAUGCUCCAUCUUCUGCAGCAAAAGUUUAUUCCUUUGCCAGAGUCUGAACUGCAUGUUAUGGUGCCGGAGGCGUAUCCUCUCAGAUAUAAGGAUCUUCCGAUGCCGGCAUCUCAAGAACUCCCGGAACCCGUGGUAGAGUUUCUCCAGGCCUACACGAAUGUGCAGUCGGAUGCAGCAGUCAUCUGGAACACCGUGGAGUCACUCGACCGUUGGCCGUUGCAGCAGCUGAAGCAGCGUUGGUCCGUUCCCUUCUUUCCCAUCGGCCCUUUACACAAAAUAGCGCAACCGUCGCAGACCAGCUUGAUCGAAGAGGACAACGCCUGCUUGUCAUGGCUGGACAAACAAUCUCCCAAUUCUGUUCUGUUUGUGAGCUUAGGCAGCUUAGCUGUAGUAGAUGAAGAGGAGCUGAUCGAUAUGGCUUGGGGGAUCGCCAAAAGCGAGCAGCCAUUCUUGUGGGUGCUGCGUCCGACUUUAUUAAAUGGAUCCGAUCCGAUCAAAUCCCUGCCUCAAGAAUUCAAGGAAAUGACACGCGAAAGAGGGUGCAUGGUUAAGUGGGCGCCGCAGAAGAAGGUUCUAGCGCACACUGCAGUGGGAGGCUUCCUCACGCACUGCGGCUGGAAUUCGACAUUGGAAGGUAUCUGCGAAGGGGUCCCGUUGAUAUGCAGGCCUAGCUUCGCAGACCAGAUGGUGAACUCGAGGUACUCGACACACGAGUGGAAGGUUGGGAUUGAGGUUGAGGUCAGGACUGGGGAUGGUUAUGAGAGAGCUGUUAGGACAUUAAUGGCGAGUGAGGAAAGUAAAAUGAUGAAACAGAGAGCAGUCAAGCUGAAGCAGGAAAUAGAGCAGUCCAUCAAUGGAGGAGCCUCCCAUGAAUCCCUUGCCUGCCUUGUAGAAUUCAUUACUUCCUUAACUGUAGGAAGAAAAUAGCAACAAUGUCUAUUCAUUAUGCUUGAAGAAUAAGACCAUAUUAUGUGAUACAAUUGGUUACUGUCAUCGAAACUUUGCAGAACAGCAUCAGCUGAUUGAGUGUUUAUUUAAUGAGAAGAAAUGG